CCGCCUGUGACGUCCCGGCGCGGAGCGGAUGUUGAUCCCCUGACGGGGAAGCGAUGGAGGCCGCGGCCGGAGGGAGCCGGACGGGCGGCCCCGGCGAGCGGGAGCAGCGGUUUUUUAGCACUGACUUCCCUUCGGCUGGUGUUCUUGGUCGCAUUUGGCCUGAUAAUAAUCGUUUGUUUAGAUCAAUGGAAGAAUAAAAUCUGGCCUGAAAUUAAAGUGGCAAGAUCUGACGAAUUGGACAAUGAGAGCUGGGGCUAUGUUCACCCUCAGUUGCUGAGUGUGCCGGAGCUGUGUCACCAUUUAGCUGAUGGAUGGGUUACUGGGGUCACCUUCUUAAGGAAUCUCUUCGUUUUCAAAAGGCAAAAUCCCGGCAAGUUUUGCCUUGUAGUGUGUGGAGUCUUUACAUUCUUGGCUGUUCUGGGCCGAUACAUUCCUGGGCUCUUGCUCUCAUACCUUAUGCUGCUCUUCAUCCUGCUGUGGCCUCUCGUCGUGUACCACAGACUGGGGCAGCGCAUGUACAUGAAGCUGGAGCCAGCUCUGCAGCGGUUGGAUUUCAGCGUUCGAGGCUACAUGAUGUCAAAGCAACGAGUGAAGCAAUUGCGCCAGCGAGCGCCGAACCAGGAGCCGCCUGAUGCUGGGACUGACAGUGAAGAAGAACUUGCUGCGUUCUGUCCCAAGCUGGAUGACUCUGUAGUUGCUAAGGAACUGACUAUCUCCGACUCUGAGCAUUCAGAUGCUGAAGUUUCCUACACUGAGAAUGGGACGUUUAACCUGUCAAGGGGACAAACUCCACUGACUGAGGGAUCUGAAGAUCUUGAUGGUCACAGUGACCCUGAAGAAUCUUUUGCCAGGGAUCUCCCUGACUUCCCUUCCAUAAAUCCAGAGGUGACUGGAAUAGAUGAUGAAGAUGACACCAGCAUUGGGAUUCCCAGCCUUGCUUACCGCUCGCAGGGCAUGGAAGAGCUACGUCCCCCGUAUGACCAAGAAGAAGCUGUCCCUGCGCUCCUACUAGGGGCGCUGCCCUCUGCACACAAUCUUACAAAUAACUUAGCUGGAUUUGUCACCAGAGGCAUGAUACAAUUAGCCUUGUCAGGAGCCUCUGAGCCAGGCCCUGUAUACAGUGACAAUCCCCAGAGAGGCACAAAAACCUAUCUUAGAACCUCCAGCUCUGACUUGGACACUGACGCAGAAGGGGAUGACUUUGAACUGUUGGAUCAGUCCGAGCUGGACCCAGCUGGCUCGCGAGGCCAGUAAGCAAUCACACUUCCUUUCCUUCUGAUUUUUCUGUCAUGAGUAGCCGAGGGGAAUCUUCAGAAGAAAAAGCGUUGUACAGUAAUCUAAAUGGUCUCCUGUGGGUACAAGUAGUAUGGCAACCAAUCCUGGCUGGGUACAUCACUGUGCUGUGAAUUUGUGGGGCUAGCUUGGAUUUCAAAAUAAACCAUGCUUUGGUCAUUCACAGGGCAGAGGCUUUUGAUGCGAUAGCCCCAGUAGCAUCCACACAUCACUCUGCAUUGUCUAUUGUGACACUCCUUGCCCUAAACCAAACCUGCUCACUUGAAACAGUAACUGCUGAGUGUGUCUGCAGUUCUAGUGCCCCUUGGCAGACCGACCUCAGUCUCCGUUAGGAAUGUUCUGGCACCAGCCCAGUCUCUAGCAGGCAGACACUCAGCAGAAGGUGAACAGGACUGGCUUCCUCUUAGAAACCUGGAUUAUGCUAUUUUAACUUUAAAACCAAAAUUCCCUACUCCUAAGUCACGCAUAAAAACAACUGACUUUUCUCCGUCCUCCCUCAGCAGUAUCCAGCUGUCUUGGGUAGAAACAAACACUCUAAUGGCAAAAGCAGUUUCCUCACAAGUAAUGACAGAAUUCCUAUUGCUCCCAUCAAAACCCAAGCUUUCCAGUGACGCUAGUUUAUAAAAGUCAUAAUGGCAAUAACUCAUCUACUGUGCUGGUCCCAGUCCUUCGGGGAGCAGCUGUGCAGCACCGGCGAUUGCAUUGCCUUUCUGAAAGGAAGGGGCUUAGUGCUGGAUUGACACGCCGCAGAACUAAAUUCUCCCACUUGACUCUAGAGCAGCUACCGCCUGGGCAACCGCAAUACUACAUUCCAUGCCCUGGAACUCCUCCUGCCUGGGGGGGUGGAGGGGAUUCCGUCUCCAUGGCCCAUUCAGUUCUUGGCCUCUGUGACAUUGCCCAGCCUUGUGCGGUGAGGACACCUGGCCACUAGACCGCCAGUUCAUGUCACACAAGCCACCAAACAACUAGGAGCUGGUGACUAUUUUGGUCACUUUUAGUCUUGAGCCAGCAACCUGAAGGGGAGGCUCUGUAAACUGACUGGCCUGAGUCAUGCAGUCCCUACAUUUCCCCAUGCUUUUGUAAGCCAUAGAAAUGGAUACCGAUUACACUUGUGCAGCAAAUAGCUUAUCUCUUCAGGGAAAUUCUCUUGUUCAAUUCAAUUCUAGCUUUCGUUUCAUUGGUGCAUUUUAAAGUCAAAGUUAGGCAGAAUGUAGACUACCUGUCUGGAAAUCAUGGCCAUAUAGAAAUCUAAGCUAUAAACUGGACAUGUGUUGGUAUUGGAUUUAAAUUCAGGAAUUAGGUGACCUUGCUAGGUUAUGAAUAAGAAAAAAACUAAGGAUGUUUUAUCCAUACUUAGUAUCAAAUCAAUCAGUAGGAUAAAAGUCCACCUUCGCUAUGGUGCAGCAAGGGCACCUCAUAAUAACCAAAAUGGACCUGGGCCUAAAUUGGCAUUGAAAACAAAAUAUAGAAAUCGCUCCAACCCCUGAUCCUUAAUUGGGUUAAUUUGGACACUGUGUGUACUUGGCUAUUCUACAGUGUUAAACUUCUCAUUAAAAAUACAAAGAUCUUGAUCACGGAGCUUCGAAAGGAAUCCGUGCCCUUUACCUACUAUCAGACCUGCUUCUGGCUGCCUCUGCUUCAGUGCUGUGGUAUCCAGGGUGGCUGGGAUUAUUCCAGUACCAUGGAUAUGACUACAGAAAGUGCUCUGUGUAGGCUGCCUUCUCAGGAGUCUCCUGUCACUGCCUGCAGCUUUCAUGUCAGUAAAUGGCCAUUUUUUCUUGGCUUGCAGGCUACGUUAAUACAUGCAAAAGAUUAGAAUCUGCCCCAUAUCACUUGGGAGCAAUAACUAAAUGAGCCACUAACUAGCACUUUAAAUUGUUUGAAACCAUUAACCUGGGACUAGAUUCUAAAAUCUACUUAGUAUAGUCAUUCUGCCCACCUACAAGGCUCUGAUGGUGUCCUCCUCAGCUGAUCUAGUGACAUUUUAAUUCUUAUUGGUAAGGGAAUUUCUGGGAAUCAUUCUUUAACGUAAGAGGAGCAUAUUGCAGGAAACUACCAUGUUACUGGAACUGCCUUUCACCAAGGGCAUGGAAUGGGUGUAGAGAGCAGAUCUCAAUCUGUCACGCUGGACAGGUUGUCGGUCUCACUUGGGGGUUGAGAGGCCUGUGAUAUAGGGAGGAGGAGCUGCCUCUUACAAUGUGAAGCACUAGAUUCUGGAACCGAGCAUUCUGGAAUGUCAGCCCAGGCAUGCAUAUCUUUAGUAAAGCCCUAGUGCAAACUUGCAUGCCAUAGUUUUGUUAAACAGAAGCCCUAUGUGAGCACUUUGCAAACACUGAAAUGAACUUUGUCAUAAGACUUAAUGUCUUACAGAUUGUUUGAAGAAAAUGGAUUCUCAAUGUGCCAAACUGUACAACUAUUGCAUGAGUAACUUACAGCACCAGAGGUUCAAACUUCAGGUACAACAUGACAAGUUGACUUUUUUUUUAAACCUGGAAAAAGUAUUUAACUCUUAUGUGAUAUCUUGCCUUUUUCCUACUGUUUCCUCUUCUCUGCUGUGAGGAAGAACAAACCUUGUAUGAAAUCAGCCUUUUACACUCCACAUUGGUGUUAAUACCAUGCUGUAAAACUGUUCAGAAGUUCUGGUGACCCUAAGUACUUUAAAACAAAAUUUGCAGCUCCCCAAGUCAGAGGAAGUGCUCUAAACUCAGUGGGCUUUAUUAGACAACAGGAUAGAUUGAUUAAUUGUAUCAAAUCAGGGUAAAACAAGUCAAUAUAAAUCUAGAGUGGUGGUGUUCUCUGAAACAUCCCUGUUUAAUUGCAUCUCUUUGUAAGCAAUCAGCAUAAUCAAAACUAGAACUGAAAAAACAAUGCUCAGUGCUAAUGAUUAGUCUAUUUUCAGAUGCGUCCACUAGCGAUUUAAGAGUCUGUGAACACCCAGUUUAUUCCCUGAAGUACUAACAACACUUCCUGUAUCACAGACUCGUUUCUUCAGCCAUUCCUUUGACCCCAACCCCCCAAAAAGGCUGUGCGUUAUGGGGGAGUGUUGUGGUACAAGCAGAGCUAGGACCCUGGUGUUCUGAGCACGGAUCUCCUGCGGAUGGCCUUCUCUGCCACCGGGCAAGUAACUUUGCUUCUCUAUACUUCAUUGUUCCUAUUUAGAAGUUACUAGCCUCUUUAUGGGGGCUGUCAAAAGGAGAACAUAAACCAAUCCAUGAUGAGCAGUGUAGGUUUCCCCAGACUAUUCCCACUCCUUUUGCCAGCGCAGGCUCCAAAACGAAGCUUCAUACACACCAUGUUGUGAGUUUUUGGAUCCAUAUUUCCAUACUCAUUUCAGUCUUCCUUGUCCAUUGUGUAGUUACCACCAUGGCUUUUAAGGCUGAAGAAGAAUGCCGUACUCCACUUAAAUCUCUGAAAAUUCUUAUGAGUUAUGUCUUUACUAGUAUAGGGUGUUGUAGCAGUGUUGGUCCCAGGAUAUUUUGUCUUUACUAGUGGCAGUCUACAUGUCUUUUCUCUCGUAGGGCCAGAUAGAAAACCAACACCUUCUGCAGACUUAGGGGGACAUUUUUUCUUUAAUGUUCUGUGCUGAAGAAAAUGACUUUUGUAGCAGAACCCCUCCAACUGAUAUAUAACUAUGGAUGAGUGAUGAGCACCUCUAGGUCAAAGUGCUUUCUUUGCUGCAGUGCAGAAAGGGAGAGCUAACCUAUUGUAACAAACGGGGAUGUCUGUUCUCAGCUGUGGCACAAGUGAUACUCGGGCUGCUUAAAUAUAAUUCUUUGGAAUACUCCUGACCGGGCCAGUCUCUCCCCCUCCCCCACACAUAAAUAAAUAACUAAAAUCUUCUAAAGUGCUGCUGCUUCCUAAGGAUGGAAAUGCAGAAUCCUCUGCAGCAGUAAAUGUUUGAAAAUAGCAUCUGUUAACUUUUUAACAUUCUUUUGGAGCAGGGCCUGUUAAGUUCUAGUAGCAUUAACAGAUGCUAUGCCCCACAUUAAUAAGCUACUUUUAAACAGGUUGCUUUUUCUUCUUUGGUUAAAAUGCAGGGACCUCUGUGCUAUGGUCCCCACCAAAAGUGUAAAUUUGUAACUCCACCUAAUGCCAAAUCAGGUUUGUAGCCCCCACUGGGAGCAGAGUUCACCUGGUUUUGUGAACAAUGUGAGACUUGGGGGAAUCGCGUGAUUUUACAUUUUAAUGGCUCUCUGGCAGUUUCCAAGAUCUUUAGUAACUUGUGAAAACGUGUAAAUUUGCUCCACUGACACUUUCUGUAGACCAGCAUAUCCACUGUGAAAGCAUCUAGUUCCCACUAAAGUUGCACCAUCUCUAGACUUCAUUAGUUUAGAAUUUCAUGACUUUAAAGCAUUUUAAGACAGAUGAUACCACCCUGCCCUUUUUUGCCAAAUAAUAAUGUGAAGUCAGUAGUCACAAAAUCAAUGACGUUUCUAGGGAGCCAAUACACCCCCAGUCCCGCCUAGCACAGCGUGCCGGGCUUGGUAACUUUUAAGGGGGUUGGUUUUGAUAUCAUGGGUGUGGCAAUAUCAUCCUGCGUGUUUACAGCAGCCAUCAUUGUGAACGUUUAUAGUCAUUUGUCAGUUUGCAGUUUUUUGAAGUGAGUUAAGUAAAAUGUUGACGAUAA